GCAAAAACAAAAUGGUGGAUCUGCGGUCACGAGAAGUUUCCAAAUGUUGCACUUAUUAGAUCCUGGUUAAACUACACCGAUUGCACUUGCUACUCGUUUCAUUCACUCUUAGAGAAUAACAUGGCUCACGUUACAGUUGAUUGGAAUCCACUUGGUAAGGUAUUUUAUAGGUAAGUGGUUCUUUUCAGUUCAGACUGUCUCCAUGCAAGUUGUGGCUCGGCCCAUAAUUAUAUAGCCUGCGUAGCUGGCGGUAUUAGGGAGUUUAAGAUACGGAGACUACGGACUACGAACUACGGCUGGACGAGCGUUGUCGUUUGUUUGUAGCACUGGGUUGAGUCGUGCAAAUAUAGAACGUUAAGAUUCCACUACAGACGGCAGACUACGAGAGAAGAGGCGGAGAGGGAAACAACACUCAAAAAUUUUCUUGUUUUCACCACAGUUCACAAAAAUGCAAGUCAGUUUUGCAUGUGAUCUUAUCUUUACAACAAUGAACAAAUUCUUCCAUACUUGAAGGAAGCAAUUGCGUACAAGUCGAUUCGCGUACAAGUUGAUUCGCCUACAAGUUUACUCCUUGUUCCAUCACCGUAGCUCGGGUGAAAUUGGUAAACAAAGAUUUGGUUGCACAGGUUUUAUUUUUUUCGCCCAUGAAUACUUACGUAAAAUAUUAAAGAAAUAGACAGAAAUAGUAAUAGCUCAUUUAUUAGAUUUAGAAGAUGGACUUCUCCGACUACUGAUCUGAUGUAGUUUGAAGUACUGAAAUGCCCAGUUUCGAUUGUCUCGAAGAUGUUUACAUCAUUUUCAUUCAGCAAAUGCGAUACAAAAACUCGCAUAAACAAAGGUCACACAAGUAGAAAGACACACUAAUCAGUUCGAACAAACAUUGAAACUUUUCAAGUGUGAAGAGAAAGUAAAUUACCUGCAUGAUUUCUCUUCUCGUCGGCCGUCAAUCGGAAUUCUGCGUAUAAACAGCUAAGCUUCUUUAAUUAUGAGCUUAGCUAGAUAAAAAUGUAGUCACAACGGUGGAUUAAAAGCGUAAAUCUGAGCAGAAAUUAGACACAACUUACAUAUUUCGCUUCCCUCUCACUUAAAGCAGGCAAAUUGAACCUUUUUUACGAAAAGACGAGACUCUUGAAUUACCGAGACGGCAAAAUACGAGCAAAAUGUUCUCCGUAGUCCCGACUACGCGAAACAGCUCAACAACUCACCGUAGCCGCAGGACUACGCGGGAAAAAUGAACAGUCACGUGGUUUUGAUCAUGCGCAGUAGCAUGUUUAUCCGUAGCCGUAGUCCGUAGUCGGCGUAUCUUAAACUCCCUAUUGUGUGGGUACGAGAUUGAAGUUUUGGCGGCGAAGCUGUGUUCCAAAAAAGGGAGUAGGGACGAGGCGGUUGAAAUACCGCCUGCCAGAAAACCCCGGUAUUUUGAAUAGUCCGCACACCAGUGUGCGGAGAAACGGAUUGGUCGAGGGCCAUACAUAUGUCAAUCAUGUUAGAUGAUCCUUCGCAUGUAUUUUCCAAUUAAGGGAGCAGAUUGCAAACUGGAAAAGACGUAAGUGAUCGUGGUUUCUCCUUUAAAAAGAGCAUAAUUGAUGACCAAAUUGCCGAAAUGGCAUCUUUAAACUUCACAGCGCUGGAAUCGUCCUUAUUUAGCCGUAAGAAACAAAGGUCAAAGGAAAUUAAAACACUUUACAACUACAUCUGAGAUCAAAUCCUAUCAGGAACACCUACAGAAGAAUUAAAUAAACCAUAGGAAAUGGUUACUCAGUAUGCAUGUGACAAACAAGCUUCAUGACCUUUUAAUGUUAAGCCUAGUGUGGCAAAAAAAGAUUUACUCAGUCAAAGUUUAGAAUGAUACUUGUACUGUGUAGUGCUAGUAACCUUCGUGCGAGAGCCGAGAAAAUAAAAAAACUUCUUUUCAAGCAAACUCACAAGGUCACGUUUCACAUUAUCAUGAGCUUAGGAGUCGUGUUUAGCCUGUCAACACUUAUUUCUGAACUGUUUCGCGCAAAAAUAAUUGGAAGUUUCAAAUUGCAGGUUUUUCUUUGAUUGGCUGAUUCAGUUGGGAUCACCUAAGAUGACAAAAGUGGGCGGCAUUCAAAAAAUCAUGGUUCUCUGGCAGGCGGUAUUUCUCGUGGCUUUGCUGCUCGUGACGGCUCCACCGUCAAAUCUCACUCGACUAUGUUACAACGGCUCAGCCGCCAAAUCUCACCCGACUACUACACAAAUUAUACCACCAGCUACGCAGGCUAAUAAUUAUAAAAUGCUACCUAUUAUUGUUUUAUUAUUCAUUCAAAAUAUUUCCUCCAAGCUGAAGACAUCCUUACCUCUAUGUAAAAUUCCAGUAGUCAAACAUCUGCCUGUUUUUUGCCAGUUCCAGAUUAUGAGGGGAUAUAAUAUUCUUGCUGAUAUUCUUCAAAUGGUAGUUUUCAGUGUCUUUGUGUGUUAUUUCAAAGUUUUUGAGGGAGAAGUUCAGGAAAUUUUAUGAGGUUAAAUAUAGUUACUUAACUUAGCUAACGAUGAAAAGCUCCAGUAGCUGCUCAGUAGUUAGCUUGGUAUUACAGUACAGGCCACAGGCAUUGCAGCACUUACACGCGCGUAAAGUGCGUGCAAUAUGGCGGAUUUCCACCAAAAAUCCACGCAAAAAACUCGCGUGUAAAUUUAAACAUGAGCUUUUACAUGCAGGCUUUUUACACGCAAAUGUGAGUGUACUUUUACGGUGACUGAUUUUGCUUACAAAAAUACACGCAAGUUGUGUGUAUUUCUUUUACAACAGACAAUGUGGCUGAUGUAAAAUUAGAAACCGACAUUGUGGAAAAACAUCUUUUCGCGGUGAAAGAGAAAACAACUUGCUAUACACUUUUUCUUACUAUGAUCAUGCUACAAUCGCGAACAUCAUGUUUUGUAAUGAACGAUUUCCUUGGAUGUUGGCUGAAGCGCUAUUUUACGUGUAAACUUGGAUCAAUGUUACUUGCCACGACUGUUGUUUUGCAAUAAGUUCAAUGUUUUAGCUUGCGUAGCAGGCACCCGGACUUCAGUACACUGUUUUUUUUUUUCCUGUAUGCCUUUUUUCUAACAUUGAAUGAGCGUCGAGCUUCACAAUAAUGUCCUUACUUGUUGCUUAUUUAAAAAUUUCCAUGCGUUACUAAACUUGGAUACAAUUUCACUCCGAAUUUGCAUGUUAUUUGUGAUGCGCCGUCUAUUAAAAAUAGACAACAUUUUAAGUCAUUUGAUCCCAUGCAUUUUCUGGAAUUAGAAGCUUGUGUAAACGAUAAAAAUGCAGCAUGUUAUUUUGUUUGCCCUUGACAAGGGUUAAACACGCUUUGCUGAAAACAUAGACCUUAAAAGAAAACCUUUCCUCGGCAGGUAAAACUAAAACCUGGGAACUAAAAUUAGUUCUUGCAGUAACGCCAUUAAACAUAGACAGAUGACGUGACUGAGUGACGCCGGUGUUGCGAGCAAAAAGAAACUUUAAAAAUUCUUGCCAAAAUAACAAGCCUUUCUUAUUUCGGACCUACCUUGCAGCAAGGACAGAGGACAAAGGAAAUUGUUGCCCGAGAAAAUAACUCAAAGCAGCGAGCUAAAUAGACGUAGGAGAUGAAAUGCUGUAAACAAAAUAGAUGUAGAAGCGACCCUUCACCAAACAUAGUUGGUCCAUCAAAAUAGUCGCGAAUUGAUGACUGAAACUGAUUUUAGUUGAAACCUUUUUAUAAUCUCUGUGAAGUCUACAAAUGAACAUUCAAGCGAAGAACAUGUAAAUAUUUAAAAACAAUGCUCAUUCGGUCGAAAAACUUGGAUCACUUUUAGCCCAGAUAACAUUAAAUACUAACAUUUGAAUGUUUCUCAAAAGUUUUUGCACAAGUACAACUGCACUCACUCAGCGAGUGAUGUAAGAACUCAAGUAAACCGAAUACACGCAAAUUAUAACAACCUGCGUGUAAAGUUUUACACGUAAAUUUUCCUAAUUUGCAUGUAUUUUCUCGUGUAUUUUUGCGUGUAUUUUUUUACAUGAGUGUUUCAUGCGUGUUUUUCUCGUGGAAUUUGCAUGCAAUAUGGCGGAUUUCCACGCAUGAAACACGCGUGUAAUGCUGCAAUGCCUGUGGCCUGUACUGUAGCGUGGCGUUGACGUUUGUUAGGGUUUUAUUGGUGUGCUUUGGCGAGCUGGCAGUUAUCCUAUGCUCUUUUGUUUUUGCCGGGGUUCAUGUUACUGUACUAGGCCUGUUAUGGGAUAAUUUCCAGUGCCCCCCAGGUCAGUGGUUUUCCAUUGCAAUUUAUGCGUCUCUGUUUGCAAUGAUAUGCUCGUAGUUUUAAAGUGCGUAGUGUUCAGGUGUUUUGGUCAGUGUUACUCAGUUAGUGUUUUUUCCCCUCCCUCCUCCUCACCCCUUAUUAUUAUUGUUAGUAUUAUUGUGGUCCUUUUUUCUCCACUGAACUCUCAGUUCAGUGUGAUGGGUGCUUUGGCUGAGGCUUGGUGUUGCUGGCGGGGCUCGUGGCUGGGUUGCAGGUAGGGCAAGCUUUUGGGGUGUUCUUGCUACCUGGGUUAGGGGUUGGUGGCUCCAGCCCGUAGGUUCCUAGGCACCCAACCUCCAUGUGCGACUCAGGCAUUAAUCUACCCAUAACAUGUGAAAUCUUCUACCAUUUACUCUUGGUCUUCAGCACCAAAACAGCCAAACCAUCACUGAUCUGCUUCUUUGCUUGAUUUCUGUGCAUCCUUUUCCAGUUUGGAGGUGUGUCUGACAGAACGGUUAACACCUUGAACUCCAGCUCUGGAGGUCCAGGGUUCAAUCCUCGCGUUUCAAAUGGUUUCCUUAGACAAGGAACUUUACACCACUUUGUCUCUCUUCACCCAGGGGUAUAAAUGGAUACCCGCAAAAUACUGCUAGGGGGUGACCCUGCGAUGGACUAGCAUCCCAUCUUGGGAGGAAGGGGGAAUGGCAAGACUCCUAUAGUCAUGCUUCAUGCUAAGGAAGCUGGGAUAAGCUCCAGCCUUUUGGGGCCUUUGGCUUGCACACACCUUUAAUCUUUUUUUUUUUGACUUUUUCCAGUCUGAGACUUUACAAUUGACAUCAGCCUUUAAAUCAAGGCAAACUUCUUUCAAUUUUGGUAAAUAGCCAGCAGGCUCAGGAAAGAAAUACCGGGGCAGCCAUGGAAUUUAAGCCAAUCAGUCAGGGAUUGAGAAAUAUUUUAAAUGUACACACUGUAGCCAUAAUUGAAUUACAGCAAAAGUUUUCUUCGCAAAAUGUGUUUGUCUUGAACAGGAAAGAAGAGCUGUACAGUAUGGAGUGGCAAGAUGCUAUGGAUCUAUCCCGGUUUAUUGUGAGUGCAGCACCUUUUGGUGGUCCAAUAGGUAAGUACAUCAGACUUCUUCUAAGUGUUGUUUAACCAACAGGGUGGUCAGGUUUCAUUUCCCCGCAUUAUCUGAGGAUGAAUAGGACUCACCAGGGUAAACGUUUAAGAGCCAGAACCACAGAAAUGUUCUCAACAGAACUGUAAAUACCGGCAUUAAUUUGUAUCUUAUGUCUAUAUCAGCAAGAGUCCAUUAUACUGUACCAGAAUUUUGUUUCAGUCAACUGUCUGUACAUGUCAAGGGAUUUGGCUGAAAAAAGUUUAAAGGAAGAAAACAACUCUGAAGAACAUCCUGCUUCUUAUUAUUUAUAUUAGAACAGCUAAUGCAUAAAAAAUUUCAUUACUUUCAAACUGCAGUCCUGCUGUGUUGUAUGUAGAUGCUUAACUGUCAGCAAUAGUUAAAAAAAAUAAUUGAAGGGCUCCAUGCUAAAUUGUCUAAUGCCCUUGUGGUGUAUUUUUGGGAUGAUUGGGCUUUAAGUAGGUUUAAUCGCUAAUGCACACCAUUGCUAACUCAUGUACUCUUCUACAUACAUGGGGAGUCAUGUAGCAGCUGCUCAGAAGAGAAGUCACCAAUGGUGCCUAACCCUGACCCCAAGCAAUACUGAAACAAUUGAAAGAAUGGCGUCAUUGUUUUCUGCGACCAAUUAGGAGAGACCUUACGAGCAGCUCCUACACAACUGUACAUGGGGGUGAGGACGGUACACCUAAAUAUUUACAUGUCCUGCAGCCCCCCACAUUGAGAUUUCCUUUUUGAAGGAAUAGUUUGUAUUUGUUGUAUUUAAAAUUUUCAGCUCUGAUAAGAGAUGACAAGCAUUUUGCUCGAGUCCAAGGAUCAGCUAUUAAUAAACCCAUCAUUCACAUUUUUUCCUCUGCUGGAAAAGAACUUGCCACAGUUAAGGUAUGUGUCUUUUUUUAAGGUCUACUGCUGCUUGUUGUUUAACCUGGGAACACAGACAGAGAGGAGUGUCGAUCAGGCCAAGCAGGCUACUUGUUGUUUAAUAUUGACAAAUUUUGUGAAUAUUGUUCUUGGCUAGAAGACUAACUGUCAACUUUUUUUGUUAUUGCUUUGGAAAAGGGCAGGAACUUGUAUUAUCAUAAUUAUGGUUGGUUCUGUGAGCAGGAAAGAUGAAGUAAUAUUCUGACUGGUUACUAAAGCAGGCAGAAUGGAUCUAUCUUAGUCCAUCACUAGUCUGCUUCACAGCCGUUUUUGGUGUUGUCACACAACGUUCCUACCCACCUCCCUUGUGGGGAGGAGCGUUGCGUGACAACGUUAAAAGCAGCAGUGAAGAAGACUAGUCCAUCAUUGCAUGGGAACAAGAACAAAAGCAAAAAUGUUCUGCUUCUGUAGGCUAUUGAUCAAGUGUUCUUUUUUAUUCUUAGUGGGAUGGAGGCCCUAUAGUUCAGAUGGGAUGGUCUGUCACAGAGGACCUACUUUGCGUAGCUGAUGAUGGUACGGUGAUGGUGUAUGACAUUCAUGGCGCAAUCAAGAAAACCUUGUCAAUGGGACAGGUAAGUGUUAAAUCAUUUUGUGUCAUGAAAAGGCUGAAAAAGAAGACAUGAUGCAUGUAUGUUUGUAAAGCACCACAGCUUGACAACUUCUAGUCAACUUGAAGCUCAUCUUAGCCCAUUGAUGCCAUAUCUUAUGUCAGUAAAUUCUUUAACCACCCCAAGUAAAUAAAUUUUCUGACAAACUAAAUAAUCAUUAAUUUUUCCCUAACUAUGAGCAAAAUGAAUGUAAUUUAUAAUAUAUUAUCAUCAAAAACAUAAGUCAUAGACUGUUUGCUACUUUAUUAAAAGGGUUGUACAAAAAUAGAGUAUACCCAUACAUAUACUUUUUGUAGCAAAGGCAUAGCCAUUGAAUAAUAUUACCCAUAUGUCGUGUAUGUUUCAGGUCAAAAUUUCAAUUCAGGUUAAAAGCUUUUAGCCUUGGUUGAUUCUCUAUCUCCUUUGUCCCCUAGUCCUAAUUUAUUCGUGAAUUAACUCUAUGAGACAAAGGAAAUCAAGAAUCAACCUGGAUAUGAUUUUAACCCAUAACAGACAUUGUAUUUAUGUCGUUUUUGCAUGUGGCCUUAUCAAAUACACAGCAACUUCAUAGAUCUGGUGCUUUUAAGUUGGGUGCAGGAAACGAAACUCGUAAUUUUUAUCUGUAUUAUUUUGUAGGAUGCCAAGGAAUCCAAAGUUAUUGACUGCAAAACCUAUAAUUUUGCUGGAAGGACUGGCAUAGCUAUCCUGACUAGUAAUUACCACUUUUUUGUUGCAAACAACGUGGAAGAGGUCAGGAGUCGACGGUAUUAUGACCCACCCGGUAAAAAAAAUAAUCAUAAAGUUCAGUGUUUCAGAGAGAUUAAUAAUGUUUUAUUUUGAAGUUACAUGUUCAUCUCACGUGCUUUUGUGAUCCAUAGAACUCAAUAUCUGCUUGUGCCUCACUUUCCUUUUGUGAUAACUUUGAAUUUGAUGAGAGUUAAAGUGUUGUUCAACAGGCAAUAAAGAAAUCUUGUCACGCAUUAUUCCUUGUAGCAUUUGACUGACUUCAAGUGGGCUUGAAUUCUAACUUUUUUUUAAAUAUUUACAAUGAUCGGCGUGAAUAUUUUUCAGGCUUUCUUCUCCCAACUUAAAUAUUUACAAUGAUCUGUCUUAGUUAAAUGUGUAUUUUUAGCCACAUUUUUCACAAAAGGAAAAAAUAACCGGCCGGUGUGCUCUCGAUCCCAAAUCGUUAAAAUUCUGUCACCUAACUACCUGAGGGCUGUCCCUAUCUGAAAAAACUAGAAAUUCAAAUCGUUUGCAGAUGUUUUAGAAAACCGGCAGCCAUUUUCUGCUUAGCAUUAAAAGACCCCGUUCCUAAGUGUUGAUCCGGCCGGUGUGUUGAACCAGCGACCUCUCGCUCAGCAGACCGGCGCUUAUCCAAAUUUUAAUAACCGUACGGCAAAAAAUGACCAGUUAUGAAUCUUAAGAAACAUAGGGCCAGUUAUUUAAACGUAGUUUAGCCAGUGUUUAACAAAACUGCGUUCUGAGCCAUUUUCAAUUUGCCUAACGGUUUUAUCUAAACUCCGUUUAUUGUGAAGUGUUUUAUGAAAGCAUUUAGAGUAGAUUAGAAAAGCAUUUAACGCACUAAGGAAGAGAUCUGGAGGUCCAAAGAUUCGUUAAACCCCGGCUUAAAUUAAACUUCGUUUAAAUAACCCACCCAUAAUUUUUUUAACCAGGUUUGGAUGCUCCACCCAGCAGCUGGGUCAUUAUGCCGCAUGACAGAGGUUCAUCGUUGCUAGUGGCAAUUGAUAAUCUGUUAUACCUUACAGAAAAGGGACAGUGUAAUAGACUGGUGAGCUGUAGUAUACAGUAGAACUGCUAUCGUGAUACAUCCUUUUAUAAUCUAGGCCUUUCAAGAUAUCUCCAAGCUCGAGACAUGCUUUUUUGUAAAGUUCCCAUCUUUUUACAACAUCUGCCUUUUCGUCGGCAGUUUCAGGAUUUGAAGAAACGUGUAUCUAGCAGAUAUUCGCACACUGAUUGCAACUCAGCAACGGUGGCGAAAACGUCUCUUAAAAAGAGAAUUCGCGUUGUUUGAAACUUCAUGGCGAUGAAUCCAACUCGCAUAAUUUGUCAAAUGCAGGCGAGUCCUGGACUUGUCUAGAAGUUGAAUUCUUAGGUCCUGGUAAGGUAACAUGCGGUGGGUCACCCCGCCUAUCACGUAAACGUGUUCAAAUUAAAGUGAGAGAUUAUAAUUAUGGACAGAAGGGUUACCCCCACCUAAGCGAAAAAGAGAAAAAUUGAUUAUCGUGUUCACUUUUUCGAUAAAACGUGGAAUUAGGAAAUUUCCCGUCUUGAGAAAAUUUGCCAGAAGCGUGAUGCACGUGCAGAGUUAUUGUUUAAAGAAUUUUCGACCGGCUAAAAAAAUUUGACCGGACACAUCGUUCACCCGCGACCGUUCAAUAUUUUGUGCUGUUCACACGGAACUUUGAACGGCUAUGCGUCUGAAUUUUCGUACGGUUAAGGUGAUGUUAUAGGAGACGAUGCGUCGCAACACAGCGUUGCAAUGUUGAAACAACGUUGCAACCAUUCGAAACAAUAUCGCAACAAUGUUGCAACGCCGUGUUGCGGCUUGCGAAAAAUCGUGGUCGCGAAUUCGAGUGAACGUUCGAAUUUUCAGCCGGUCGAAAAUUCGUCCUGUUGACUUUUUGACUUUCUCUUUGCUGUCGCUGUCUCGACAUCGUAAAUUUCCUCUUGAGUGCCAAGUGUACGACAGGUUGCCACUUUUUACCAAUCCUGAAUCAGCCACAUGGCCUGGCAAAGCAGUGGGUGCAGGGAGAAGGAAGGAACAGAGGGGAAAAAAUAGAGAAGUGUGUUGAGAUGUCGCAUUGAGAAUAUUGUACAUCUCCGGCUUUAUCAGUGUCACAACUUUAAAUAUGAAAUAGGGAAGUCUCGAUCGUUUAUAAUGUUGACAAAUUUUUCCCUGAACUCACACAAGUGAGUAUGCUCGCCGGCUACUGUUGUUGUUGAAUAGUUUUGAUAUUAUUCAAUUUUCAGACUGUUUCAUUCAGCGCUGGGGCCCCAGUCACUUCCAUCAUAGAAAUGGCCAUAUCUUACAAUUACGAAUACCUAGCAAUGUUUACAGACACUGGUUUGUUAUGGAUAGGAUCAGCAGAUUUACAGGUGGGUAUAACACUGUCACAUUUGUUCAGCCCGCAAUUUCAGCUAUCAGAGGACGAGUUCCAGUAGCUAGCGCCGAGUUGACUGGGAUUCUUAGAAAAUGAGAAUGAGUGGCGGUCUAAUUCAACUGGCAGCACUAGCUUUGAUUCUAUACCCAGGUUUGAAGAAGGCGUGUAAAAAGGCUUUUGUUUAUACUACUCGGAUUUGAGGUAUCUUUUCUUGUAACAAAUGAAUACAGUAAAAACCCGCAAGUAAGAACCUGAAAAUUAACAACCUGUUAGCCUGAAAUUUGCCAUUUAUACCCCCUAUAAACAAGAACCUGUUUAGCCUAGAAAAUGAAAACAGGUUCUUAUUCUUGAAAGUCAUAUUAGUGAAAUGCAGCUGCAAAGCUGUGUAAGAAUCCUGUUUGGAGAAUUAGGAGCUUGGCAUUGCUGUGCAAAUAAAAGAGCUAAUUUAUUGAUUUAAUAAAAAAAUAAAGUGCAAGAGGUUAAUAUUGUUGUAUCACAUUUUGAAGUUGAAAAAUACGCAGAUGACCAUCCUGUUUUGUAGCUUUUUUUUUUUUUUUUUUUACAGAAAUAAGAACCUAUUUAAGAACCUAAAUAGCCUAAAAUUGUGUUAACUACUAUUUAAAUAAGAACCUGUUUAGGCUAACUCCAGAAAAUGUAGGUUCUUACAUGCGGGUUUUUACUGUACCCGUAAAAUUAAAAUCUUUGUAUCCGCCUUAGUUCUCCAUGGUGGGAUUAUCAUCAUUAAUUUAGUUUAGCCACUUCUUCCUCGGAAACCUUGCAAAAACAGUUUCAUGUGAUCGCAAAGUUGAUAUUUAUUGUGUUCAUUUAACUUGUUGACAUCUCCGCAAAGCGAGGAAGCUUAGCAACCCGGGCCGCUAGGCCAGGCUCUGAAAAGCUCAACUUAAGUACGCCUGUAUUUCGCAGUUCUUUGAAUUUUGCAGUUAUUGUUGUAUUUCUGUCUUCUUUAGAAAGUCUACUGUGAGUUCAACACUUCUUGUCCAUCAAGACCCAAGCAACUAACCUGGUAAGGAGGGAGCAGUUGUUGUUUCUAGAAUGAAGCCUGUCAUCUUUUAUGACGAAUUCUCGCCCAGUUGGCCAGGAUAUUCUUUUGAAUUGAAACUAAGAGCCAUCGGUGUUUUUCUUUCUUCCGCUACUCAUCAAGCGAUGUGUCGCUGCAACGUGCUGCAGCAACUAAUCUCCUGACCUGUACACAGGGAGUAAUCUGUCGCCGACAUGUGUUGGUGCAACUUGUCUCCUUGUGUGUUCCGAUCUUUACUUACCUCAACUUACCUUACAGGUGUGCAAUGGGCGCUGUCAUAUGUUACUGGGACGAUUAUUUGGAUGUUGUUGGACCGACAAUGGACACUAUUAGAUAUCCUUUUCGGAUUAACAAGAUCAUUCUUUAUAUGCAACUAGCUUUCCAACUAUUUGCGGGGCAAGCUAUCUAACUGCUAGAGCAUGCUAGAAUUAAAAAUUGUUGUUGUUGUUGUAAAUGUUGCCUUGGCCAAGUUGGUCAAAGUGCUGUACGUUAAUCAUGUUACUGAAAACACCCUUGAUUUGAACUGACAAUUGUUACUAGUGUAGUUUAAUUUUUUCUGUUUCUGCCGUGGAAUUUGGUAAUUUGUAAAAUAUGAGUAGUUUUUUUUUUUCAUUGGGCACGCUGUUGCCAUUUAUUUAACAAUUAUUCCACGAGUGUGCGUUGGAUAUGAGAUUGUAGAUAGCCAACGAGCGCCGAGUUGGCUAAUCAUCUCAUACUGAUCCAACCGAUUUUCAGCUUCUUUUUAAUUUUGAACAAUUAAUUUUUGUCUAUUGCUAAUAUACUCUGAUGGUUAAGCAAAUCAGAUCUGUAGAAUUGCAUUAUUUAAUGAUUCAGGUUUUGAUAAAUAUUGAUAUGCAACGGAUAGCACACUUCUUCUUAACAUAUUUUACAUAUCAGAUGGACAGUGCUGUUCAUUUAGUUCAAGAGUUAGAUGGCGUAAGAAUCAUUGGCAAUGAGACUCAUGAACUGCUUCAGCGAGUUCCAGGUUGGUAAAUAUGAUUACGUUGAUUCCGGGAGGAUUCUCCUUCCGGCGAAACCUCCCUAGCAACGAGGAGCAAGGUGAAACGGCUGUAUUCGCAGACUACAAGUGAAAGGUUUCAAAAUGCUCGCAGAUAUUUUCUCUUGUUCUCUAUUCAUAAAGCUAUCGAAAUACAGUAGCCAAAAAUAACAAUCCCUGUUGGUGGCCGGGAUGUCCUUAAGGUUUAUUUCUUCUCCACAGACAUUUGAUGCUUUUCCAAAUUACCUUCUUUUAAAACGUGUCGUUACCUGUAGGUGCUUAAAGCGAAAUAAACUCCCGAGACUGUUGACUUAAACCUUUAGCUCAGUGUGGUCUUGCUGUGGCUCAUGUAUGAUUUUUCAACUUACUUCCCGGAACCAGAUGGGACUGACUCUACAUUCAGUAUUCCCCCCUUCAAAGAGGAUAGGUACCCUGUUGUCACGAACAAGCAAAAAGUCCUAAACUUUAUUCCAGUCGACUUGUUCAAUCGGUUUGCGGUCAAGUCGCCCGAAAUCAGAGUCAUGUCGCUCGAAAUAAACAGCGAUAUUUGCGUCUUUCUUGAACUUGACAUUUGCAUAGGUUACCGGACACUGCUGAGUCAACAUUUUUCGACUAAAUUCCUUGCGAUAUACUUCAGAUGUUACUUCUGUUCAAGUUUAUACACUCGAUAAAAUUUUAGGCGACAUGACUUAGGAUUUCGGGCGACAUUACUCUGGUUUCAUGCGAUAUGACUUCGGGCGAGAUGACUUUCUAGCGACUUGACCGGUUACCGUUCAACCAGAACCAAGAGCGCUUGCUGUGCGUGAUCGGUAGUGAAAUGAACUACCCGCCAAGUUUAAAAUUACAUGACGCCACUCUAGCCGACCAAUAAGGUGGCGUCCUUAAAAUAACCACGCAGUAUGACACAGACCCAAGAAUAGACUGAAACUAAUUUUCAUGGAAAUAGGGUCAUGUAUGGGGGAUUCGUUUUCUUAGAUCAUCCUCUCUUGCCAGAACCACCUCUUAUCACGAACGUGAGUAAUUAUGUCCGAUACUAGAGCAACUAUUUCUAUUCAUCUUUCAGCUGCUGUGGAACAAGUGUUUAAAAUCGGUUCAAUGGAACCAGGUGCGAUGCUGUUUGAUGCAUCAAAGGAAUUUGAGGUAAGCAAUGCUUCACUCUCUCUGGCAAAAGGUUGUCGGGUAAAAGGCUCAGCCGCCUAUCCAAGCCAGUGGCGGAUCUAGGGGAGGGGCCAAGGGGGCUCGCCCCGACCCCCUUUAUUGUUAGACCGCCACUGCGAGCCACCCUGGGCGAGCCUGUUGUUGGGUGACCUGUUUUCCUUGGUAAGGUCACCAUCCUAGCUGAAGGAACUUUUCUCCAUAUAAUAAAAUAGAAUCAACUUUAUUUAUAUAGCGCUAUUUCACUCCAAAAGCUCAAUAGCGCUUUACAGAAUACAUAAGAAAGAACAAUCAUGAAUGAAGAAAAACAUAGCAUGAUAAUAAAAAGAAUACCUGACGAACAACAUUAAAGUUUCAACUCAAAGGUCCUAAACUACACUAAAAACUAAAUCCCCCAAAAUUAAGCUGUCGCUCUGAUUCUUUCGUGUAUAUUCCUGUAAACAGAAAAAAAGCGCCCGAGCAGAGGAGUACAUUCGGAUGAUCAAAGAACGUCUUCCUGAGGCUGUCCAGCAAUGUAUCCACGCCGCUGCCGGGGAACAUGAGCCUGCAAUACAAAGAGGACUUCUGAGGGUGAGUGUAGUUUCUGAAGUAGUCAUGGUAACCACAUGAUCCCUAUGUUCAGUUCCUACGUCUUGAUUUUCACAGCAACCCGCCCCCAGGAGGUGGGGGGGUUGUUGACAAGUUUAAGGUUUCUUACACGGUGAUUGGUGCUCUGUAAACUGCCAGAUAAAUUUAGCAUUGUUUGAAAAAAUACAUUAUCUGUCUUCCGUUUCAAAAUCACCACCUCCUACUGAAAACGUUUUAGUCAAUCUGCUGAAGUUCCUUCAAAUUCGCUUGGGCAUAAAUCGUUGAACGUGAUGCCGUGAAAAGAAAAUCUGUACUCAGUAUAUCUGGGUAAUUUGAAUUGAAAGCGAAAGAGCGCAAAUAGUUCGUCCAUUAUGUUUCUAUUUGAGGAGUGUAGUAAGAGACAUAAAGGACUUCAUUAAUGCUUUCGACGAACGCGUCAUUCAGUGAUUUUUCAGUUAUACAGGAUGAAUUGAAAGUAUAGCAAAUCUCAGCGAGCGGUCAACAUUCGCCGAUAACACUGCUCUGUUACCAUCUACCAAGCGAAGUUUGCAACGUCGCUUGGUCAGAGAUUUUAGGCGGGAAAUAGUUCUCGUGUAACAUGUCAUGUGUCCUCGUAGUAACCAACAAGAGCGCUCCGGCGGUCGAUGUCGGGGAAAAUUCCGCCUAUAGUAUAACCGUUAUUUUAACUGAUCUCCACUGUAAUCUUUUCUUCUCUUUGCUAGGCUGCUUCCUUUGGUAAGAGUUUUCUAACUGAUAUGCCGCCACACGCGUUUGUUUCGAUGUGCCGGAAUCUUAGAGUGUUAAACGCCGUGCGGGACUACAUGGUUGGAAUUCCACUUACAUAUGGACAGUAUCCUUUAUCUUAAUUCAAGAGUGAACCAAAUUUUCAGUUGUUGCAAAAGCGUCGUCUCGCAGGUUACAUUUGCCCAAUUGCAGCGUGUGUUGCAGCAAGUCUACGCUAUGCUAGCCUCCGUAGCAAGACGAAAAUUUUUUUUUAUUGUUCAGGUUAAUUUGCAAUUGCUUAAAUUGCAAUUUCCGCUGCGACGAUCAUAUCUUCAUUUAAACUUGCAUUUCCGCAGUUCACAUCAUCUCCAACUUUUACGACGAACUUGCGCGGAAACCUUUUCUACGGAGGCUAACACUAUGCCAGAUAGCUCUUGCGUCGGCACGGAAACCAUACUGGAGAGUGUUUCUGCCACACAAGAGAAUGGUGAUUUUGGUGCGAUUUAUGUAACGGAGCAAAGCUGUGGGGUUUAAAUUACAUUUUUUAGAGGGAACGAACAAGAUAUGUCCCUUUUCUCUUUUUUAAAACGGAUAUGUUAAAAGUACGUUAACACAGUUUUCAAUUUUGUGGCUCUUAUCAAGUUCUUAAAGUGGGCUCCAUUUUGCUUUUUUGUUCUCUGAGAGUACCCUUUGAUAUUUUUCAAAAAUUGUCCACUUUUGAUGCCUUGACGAUCGUCUUAGACUGGAAAAACUAUCAAUGAAAACCCUUAUCGAUAGGUGAGUUUUGUUUUUGUCACGCUGUUUGUUGUCUUUUUAAAAAAGGUAAAACGUGCAAUGCUUAUGCAUUUUUUGAGGGGGAGGGGGGCGGUAAACAAGGUGUAUUGCUACGUAGCUGGAAUGUUUUCAUAACAGUGCGCGCUGUCAUUGGUUUCUUCGAGGUCACAUGACAUCUAACAAUGAAACUGUUUCGCGCCAAAAUCUGUGAGCGGCAACAUUGCAAAAUCUAUGACGUCAUAGGGAACAGUGCAUUGUUACCCACGAAUGUUGACCGACGACUACCGUUACAGCGAGGUUUUAUGAAUUUCCAGCUAUAUAGCCUCGGGCAACAUUGAGAUUCUCGGAAAACAAAUUUAACUGUUUCCCUCGAGACCAGUCAUUAAGUUUAUUGUAAUGUGAAACGUUCAAUAAGUUCCGAGUUUCAGGUGAGAAUCAAACUUACGACCUUCCGAGUUCGAGAUCAGACGUUCUACCCACUGAGCUGAUGAGGGCUCUAUAGUGUGCAGGGUCGACAUUUUUAUUGAUUAUACACUAGACCUGCUAUAGUACAUAGUACGAAAUAGUACUUUUAAGAAAAAAUAACAAAAUGAAUAUGAUGUAUGUCCGAUAAUCUUUCUCUUUUGCUCGACUAAAAUGGUGACGUGGUUGGACAUAAAUCCUUUUUUAAACUAUCAAAAUUAUUUGCAUUCCUACUGAAUAUAAAACAAGCUGAAGGAAAGCUGUUGUUUUUUUACUUGCCUACUUUCCGUGUCGAAACCAUGUUUACUAAAUUGAUUUCCCGCCGUCAGAUCUGGAGCGGGAAUUCUUUGCCUUAAGUUUAUUUUAUUACCGUUUAUUUUCUGCUCCUGUAGGCUUGUUUUGAGGCGUCACUACUGUCUGGCCAUAAGAAUCUGUGAUUACCUGAAGAUUCCUAAGGGGGAGGGUGCCAGUCGCAUCCUUGGACACUGGGCUUGUUAUAAAGUGAGUAUGAUCAGCGGAUACCUGUUUUCUAUUACCUAUACACUCUAAAUCCAAAAGAUCUGUUUUGGCCCCCAAAAUGGGGCCGUUUCGGUGAGUAAAAUACAGUACUAUUUUUGGGGCUAAAGUAGGCCAUUUAGAAUGGAGGCGUUUUGGCCCCAAUGAACGGGGUAGAAAUAGCCCUCUGUUAAGUGGCCACAACGAAGAGGCAAAAGGGCUGUUUUGGAAAAAUAGGGAGUAGUUUUGGUUUCUAAUAGGGUUGAAGUGGUUCAUUUUAAGAGUCAAUUCAGCCCUUACAGGGCCGUUUCAUACCUUCAGUUAAGAUGAAAAAUUGGCCCAUAUUUCGUAGCCAAUUUGGCCCAAUGGGGAGUUAAAACAAAUGUACUUUCUAUGACUAAAUCGGUACCAUUAUGUCUGAAAUGGAAUUUCUUACCAGAGCCGUUUUGGCCCUUAAUUAUUUAUAACAGCCCAUCCACAGGGAUUAUAAUGGUUUUUGGUAUUCUAUAAAAUGGCCCCAUUUUUGGGCCAUUUAGAAUCAAUACAAGGGGGCAUCAACGGUCACAAUGGGUGGCUGAUUUAGCCCAUUGCAUGUAGUUAUCAGAAUCAGUGCACUUUUAAGUGCCAAAUCAAGGCCUUACUAUAGCCCAAAGGAAAACAAACUUUAGUUCUCCUUCAGGUGCAAGUGAGUUUAAAACUGCUCUUUGAGCCUACAAUUAACAGUUAUUUACCCUAAAAGUGUUCUAAUUUUGUGGUAGAUCUAAUCUCAUUACCUUGCCCUCUCAUUUACAAUACACAAGAGGCAUGCUCAGUGCAAUGUAAAAAUAUUUUAUUAUUAUUAUUUUUUAGCAAACUUAACCAAAAUUUGGAAUGUACAUCUCUAAGAUAACUUUAUUAAAUACUGCUGGGAGCCCCAAUACCAAAUUUCAUAAAAAUAAUGUCAGAAAAGUGACUCAGUAGAACCCUGCUAAAUUAAAACUCUCAAGGUUGCCAAGAAGUUCAUUAGGCUCAAAAUAGAGGGGUUGGUGCUGAAUUUUAAGCACUACAUACGGCUGUAAUGAUUACAGUAGAAGUGAGUAUAACUUCUUAGGAGCCUUUGAGCAUUUUAAAGGCAUUUUGCUUCAGAAGUUUUAACCCCCAAAUCGUAAAAGUAUGAAAAAGAAGGCAAAAAUUUGUUCUGUUAAGUUAGUAGAGCUUUUCUCUAUACAUUUCACUAUUACAAAUUGAAAAUGCCAUUGAAGAGUGUGUUGGCACUCGACAAGGUCUGAAUGACCUUUAUAUACCAUUACCAUGUUAACUAUAUAAAAUGAUGACAGCAACGAAAAUAAUACUCUCUACAAUACUCUGGUGCAGAAUGGUGCAUAACACUAUUCCGUCACACACAAUGUACACUUUGUUGAAAUCAAAGGCCUCUUCAAUUGCAACAGUUUGCGGUUAUAUGAAAGUUGCUAUUUCUGCAUCAACUGAAGCAUUUCUCUGUCAAAAAAGCAAGAAAGAACAACAUCAACAAGCUGUACACUUACUAACAUACAGUUUCCCAAAUUAAACUACAUGUGGCAAUGAUAAACAUGAUAAUUUACAUUGACAAAAAGGGAAAAAUACUGUUCUUGAUAGCUGUAGUUAAGUAGUGUAAUACAAUGAAUGGUUAUCAUCUAUCAAGAACCAGAAAUGCAAAUUUUACAUAACUCUGCUAAUCAUAGGAAGUAACAUGGCCACCUAAAAUAAAGUUGCAAUAAUGUACAUGUAAGCUUUAAGCAGUUUAAGCUAUGAAUUUACCCAGUAGUCAAUAACAUUACAGAUGAAAGUCUUUUAAUACAUGCAAGUCUGACUCAGUAGCAAUAAUAAUAAUACAGUGAGACCUCUAGUAAGCGGACACCUUCGGGAACUUCCCAAGUGUCUGCUUAAUAGAGUUUGUAAAAAUUGCACAAUGUUUGUUAACGAUCAACAUUUAACGGUUACUCUGUACUGUGAUAAAGUUGCAUAAGUGCUACUACGAUCAAAUUUGGGAAUUUGUUUUUGAUUACAUAUUUCGAAAAUGUAUGUAAAAGUGACUUACCGUGCCAAGUUUGGAGUCCAAACAUGAUCUGGAAGUGUGUUUAUUUGCACGGCAAUUUUCGUAAAUGUCUUGCCGCCAUUACUCGAUUCAAAAAGUGACCGGGAGUAUUAUUUGAAGGAGUUGGGGCGAGAUGUGACGUAGAAACAUCAACGCGACAAAACAACGCAAACAAACGUGGCUAAUUUCGCAUGCAGGACGAGAUAUUUUUGGAAGCCUUUGGAGGUUCUUUCUUCGCUUUUUUGACUCAAAGCGAAAGUAUGCCUGGUAGAUGUUGUGUUGUUCAGGACUGUGGAAACGUAAAGAACGAUGAAUUGGGGAUUUCUAUUCAUAAUUCUCCUGAUUCGGACAGCGUAAGAUUAAAGUGGAAAAGAUUCGUGUCCAUUCAUCGGAAGAAUUUCAACCCAGUGGGAAAAUUUGCUGUGUGAUCGGAACAUUUUACAAGGGAUUGUUUUACGCUUGCUUUUCCGAUGAAAGACAUGAAAAGGAAUUUGAAGAAGGGUACGUUUCCAACCAUUUGGAAAAAAUCCUCUCAAACACUAUCAAAGCGGAGUCGACGAUCGGUGAGUGAAAUUACAAUGUAUUUGCACUGUGCUUAUCACCAUUAUAUUUAUUUCCCCAUUUACCUGUGACAUGAUUUUUUUCUGACAUCGUUGUUCAAUAUUCGUGUAAUGAAUGCUCUGACUAUUUGGACUUCCCAUAUUGUCGCAUUUGUUUUCAUACUUUUCUGCUUUCUUCUCAUAGUUAUAGUAAAACGGGCAUUUGCGCUGAGUGGACGUGAAGUCAAUUCCCCAAUUCCCAGACCUUUCCACUCAAGCGUAAAAUUUAGAAAAAGUGAAGCUACAUAGAAAUCCGGCUCUCUAUUUUUUGAGAGAUUAUCUUGCUGUUACUUUGAGAUUUGACAGUACUCCAAACUUCCCUCUAAGAAAUCUUACAGGAAAUUAAGAGUUACACGCGAGUCUUUUAAAACGACCAAAAAUGGACUUAGUCUGAUUUGUACAUUCUAUAAGUUCAGUUACUGUUUGCGGGUUUUUUUUCGUUUCUAUUUUAAUUCUCUUUUCACUGUCUGCAAAUGAUGCAUGCAUUUUAAGGCGAAGAUGUGGUUAACCUUGCUUCCAUUUCUAGUUUUGAAAACAUCGACAUAAAGCUCACAUUUAAACUUGUUUUGAAGGGGAGAUAUAAAAAAUGGUCGUACCUAUUUUCAUUUUUAGCUACUAAAUGAAAUUCUGGCUGGUCAAACUACUAAUGAGGAUACAGAGGAAGAAGACAAUCCUGAGGAAGAGGUGAUCUCUUUGAAAGGAAGUUCUGCACCUGAGGAGAGUGCUGACACUAUGGGGGCUCCCAAUCUCAACCCUGAGGAGUCUCCAGAAGUCGAGGGUGUUCUGAAUACAAGUCAGGGUUCUUUGCUUGAGGUAAAUCCUGAAAAGGAGGGUUGCAUCCCUGAGACUGAGACGGGUGAGAUAAGUGUUGAUGCUGAGAUGGCUUCAGAGGUCCUAGGUACUCCUGGUGAUAAGACAGCUCUCGAGAGCCAAGGGAUUUCAGGCACUGAUGAGGUUACUGAGACCAUGCAGAUCCUGGAGGCUCAGGGAAUCGAAAAAGUGCAGGAUAUGGAUGAAGUUAUGCAGAUUGACGAAUCAUUAACGAUUCCUGAACUUGAACAGGUUUCUAUGGUAGGCGCAUAACUCUAAUUAAUGUUUAUUUGCAUCAUUGUAUUAUCAUAACAAUGGAAAACUACAUGUGCAGUUAUUUUACAACAAUACUAAAACACAAAAAUUCUAAAGUCGUGUUAUUACAGCCUGUAUUAAUGUUGAAAGUUUGUUUUUUGUAGGAUACUCCAACUGGACAUGCUGGGAAUUGCACAACAUGCAAAACCCUGAGGAGUGAGGUGACUCAGUUAAGGGGCAAAGUCACAAGACUGAGGAGUAAGUUAAUCUCCAAUCAAGAUCAGUGGGUGGACACCUUUAAGAGCAUACAAGAGCCGAAGCAGUUGCUGAUGGUGAAUGCUGGUGAGUCAACAAUAAUUGAUGUUGAUGAGUCAUAUAGGCAUAACUGCCUAUCUUUAUAUUUUUAUUACAUUUUAUCAAUAUUUGAUUAUUUAAUAAUAAUUAACAUUUUAAUGGUGAUACAAUUUUUUUCAUUCCAUUUGUUUAAGCUAUUCAAACUGAUCCAUGGCCAGUAACAAAUGAGACAGAGUUAGGACUAGAGGAUGAAUCAGAAGAUGAGCAGGAAAUGCAGGACGACGCGUAUAAGGAGUUUGAGUGUGAUGAAGACCCUACAUGGAGUCCUGAAGAAAUCGAAGAUGCAUAUAAAAAACUAAAGGAAGAUUAUGACUCAGUGAAGACUCAUCAGAACCCAAGGUACAAAGAUGCAAAAUUUAUUGCAUUUUAACAUCUUAGCUCUAAGUAUCCUCUGGGAAGUUAUUUAGGCCUAAAACUAACUUCCAUUAUGAGAGGAUCUAUUUAGAAACAAGAGUACAUGAAAUUUGUUUUUUAAUUUACUCAGAUAAGAAUUGCAAAAAAAAAAAAAAAGAGGCAUAGCCAGCCCAUAGACUGGAAGUCCCAGGCCUAAAAAUGUUUGGUUUGUCCACUCAACCACUUGUAAUAAAUUAUGCAUCGUUGGGGUGGGCUAGAUAUCUUAAGGGCUCAAAGUUGUCAUGUGUGCAACCAACAGAUUUAUUAUAAAAAAGCAUUUUUCAGGAUGUAUGUGAGAAUAAAAUCCCAACCCACAAUUAGCCAGGUUUACAACAAGUUGAAAAACUUCAACACCCUGAGAAAAACAAUAAAAAUGAUAAUCAUUUUUUUAUUGUUAUUUUAUUAUUUCAGAUGCUAUGAUUAAAUGAGUAUUUCCUUUCAAUCAUUUUUUACAGGUUGGAUCUACAAGGCAAAAACAUUCGAGAGGAACCGAAGGGAAUUGUUUUACUUUCCAAACUUCUUCUUUUGUUUCAGUUCUGCCACUUGUGCUUCUUUUCAAAACCCAAACUUUCUGUAUCACAGACAGGUACCUUGUUAACCGUAGAAAGUUUCUGCAGAAAUUGUAGCCAGACAAAAGUCUGGAAGAGUCAACCAGACCUGCUAGGAAAGUUUCCAGCAGGUAACCUGCUAUUAAGUUUUGCAGUGCUCUGUGAGCCGAGUGAAAAGAAAGAAACGAUACAUUAAAACUGUAAUUAAAUUCAGGCUGAAUUUGAUUUAAUUUUUAUUACUUGUGUACAUGAAAAUUGGCACAACAUCAUAAUUCCCAGCCACUAAACUUGAGUUUAACUGAAUGCUAGAAGAACAGCGCUUCACCCAGUGGGCAAGUUUGUCAUUCAACAAAAAGCAAGUAAGUGGCUGAGAAUUCUGAAGUUUGGCCCAUAAAAUUAAGUGCUUACGGACAAGUAUUAAAGCAACUACUGUAGGUCCUUCUUGGCCCCAAUGGCAUACAUGACACUCUUCAAGAACAAACAGUGCAUUUAUUAUUCAUUUUCUUCAUCUUCGAAUCCAUGAUAAUGGCCAUUUUGACUCCGAAAUUGUUUCCUGAUUUUAUUGUAGGCACAACAGGGCAAGGGUUAUCGCCUGGAACUACCAAUAUAACUUCACAGCAGUCUUGUAAAUUGGCGAUAGGCCACAGACCUCAGGAAUCUAGUUAGAGAAAUGAGAUCACUGUUAAUUCAAGGAGGGAUUGGAUGGAGAUAAAUAAAUACUCCUUUUAAAAAUAAGCAGUUGGGGCAAUAAAGCCAUUUAGAAAAUAAAAAAUGUGAUUCUAUGAGAUCAGUCCACGGCGAUAAGCUUAGAUGUAUCAAUUAUUCAAUGCUAUGUAAGGUUCGAUCUUUCCGAUGCAAAGUCAACAAUACCCCAACUUACUCAUUAUCACUUUUGUUGCUUUGCCCACGAACAGUUGCGUGCGACUUUCCAGCUCGCGUUUUUAGGCCCAGUGCAGCCACGUCUAAUACGUGGCGGUUUAAGCAGACGCUUUCAAACCCUGGAUGGAGGGUUAUGCAUACGGUCCGGUCUCCAAUGGCUUCUUCCAUGACCUCUUCGCAACGAUCGAUCUCUUUGCAGCAAAUGCACUCCUGCGCUUUUGUAACAAGCCUGACAGAGCAGGUCGAGCACGAACACCUGCAAAAUAAUGUGAAAAAUUCGUCAAACACAAGAAAAAUACGUCUGUAUAAAAUUAUUAAUUGUCUGACCUCUUCAAUAAAACUAUCGCAUAAAAUCAGGACUACAGCUAAUCACAUAGCAACGAAAUUGUAAACUUAAACAAAACACACAGUCGCGUUCGUCACGCGCACGAUUGAACGACGGGUAUGUUGAAAUUGGAAAAUAAAAAUAUAAAUCUACAUUCCAUGAUAAUACUAUACCAUUCAUUCGCUGGCACCUCUCCCGAAUAUCUUCGUUGGAACUGUUGUUCCUCUUCUUCUUCGCGAUGAACUCUUUCGUUGUAGUCCGCGGCUUCUUCCUCGGUAGCAAGGGGUUCGCAACUGUCGUCGUACGGCGCAAAUUCAGACAAUUCCCCAAUCACUUCGUCAACUGUAAAACUUUCUAGAUCACUUUCAGAUGUGCAGGAAGAGGAAUCCGACGGAGAUGACAUCUUAAACGUCUUGUUAAAAGGCUCUAAACUCACAAACUUUUCCCAAAUACGAAUCUUUUGGUUGACGUUUCUACGUCACAGUGCAUAAAUCACGUGGUCAAACGCACGACCUCUUUGCGGAGAUCUCGCGGGCUAUUGCUUUGCGAACUUUGUAAUGGCGGACGGUAUUUACGCACUUUUCAGUGGGAAAUUUCCAGCCCCCGUACGCAAGUAUCGUUCCAAUUUUUCGCUAUUUGUAUAAUUUUGAACAUAUACAAAAGAUUUAUGUUAAAAAAACACGGAAACAAAAACAAAAAUUUUCGUCGUAGUACUUUAAUUGUUUGUUUGUAAAUGCAAAAACAUUAACUGACUUCAGCCCGUAUUUCAAGGACGUAAUCCAAUACUACUAUUAUUAAUUCAGUCCAGUGUCUGCUUAAUAGAGGCUUUUAAAAAUAGAAAUUAGCAAAAUACACCUUAUCUUAGUGUCCACGUCCGUUUAAUAGAGGUGUCUGCUGAAUUGGGGUUCGUUAUAAAGGGAACUAUAAAGCAUUAAUUUCAGGACCCGGCUUAGUGUCCGCUUAAUAGAGGGUGUCUGCUUAACUAGGGGUCUGCUUAAUAGAGGUUUUACUGUAAUAAUAAUAAUAAUAAUAAUAAUAAUAAUAAUAAUAAUAUUUAUAAUAACAAUAAUAAUAAUAGUCUUUAUUAAUUCCUACGAUAAAAACUAUUAUCUUAUGUUACAAAACUGUCACAUGACCACUCCUGCAGUAUUGUAAAAAUAUUCUUUGUCUCCUAGCCCUAAUUUUUCAUGAAUUAGGGCUAGGAAACAAAGGAAAUGGAGAAUCAACCAAGAUUAAAUCAAAACUGACCUGAAACCAACUUUGACCUGUAACAUAUUACAAUCAGCAUUACAUAGUAACAACAUUCUUUAGGUCCCCCAGCAGUAUAUCAAAUGUUGGUCAGUCCUUUAUACUUGCUCAUACAGGUAGAUACAAUAAUAAUUCUGACCUGUUUGUUUUGGCAAUUUCCCUAACCAUGCAUGUAUACCCAAAGCUCAAGACAUCUGAGGCUGGGCAAGGGGGAUAUUUUCCAUCAUACAGAGCUAGAUCAAUAUGCAUAUGACAUGAUUUGAGUCAACUUCUUUCGCUUGCAGGAAUUUUGACUCUCAAUAAUUCUAUUUUGCAUGCUUUAUUAAAGACUAUUAUUUUAGGUUGCCAAUCAUCCAAGUUACACCUUUUGGAAAUUGAGAUAAAAAAUUAUUAUCACUUUUAAUGUGAUAUGUAAAAUCCCUUACAACAAAGCAUUAAAAUGUGUAACCAUAAUGUUUCAGUGACACAUCUACUUCCAGUUUAACAGAGCUCUCUAAAAAUGGUAACUGAGUGUUUGAUUUCCUGUCAUUCCACAAGCCUCUAGACUAGUAUAAGCAUGUUAUGCAACCCUCCAAAAAACACACACCAAAAAAAGGGGAAUGCCUUAUGAUAGAUGCACGACAAAAGAUUGGCUUCAUCAAUAACAGCUUCUUUUUCAGUGUUCUCCUUAUCAAGCGGUAACCAUUAAAAUUUACUGCCUGAAGCAACAGUUCUCACCGCCUGCAACCGCUGAAGGGUUAUUAAAAAUAAAUAUUGUAAGUUUAAAAAAUGAGCAAGUUGCGAUCCGAUCCGAUCAAAGAAAUGAAUGAAUAUGUGCAAAAGUACUAAAGUAUGCACAGCUUUUCUUUUUAUGGACCAAAAAAUAUUGAUGUCUAAAGAAAACAGCGGCAGAUUUGCGUGAAAUAGGUCUUCAAAUGAAGGAAUGACAUUUCAGAGAACUUAGCUCCUAAAUUUCUCAGCGAGGGCAGGGUCAUGUCCCUCACUUCACUACCCUCUUCCCCCACUUCCCCUAGGAAAGUGCACCUCUGGAGCAUUUUUUGCCUUACCGCCCAUAAAUGGUCCCCUACCUGCUGAGCUAAAAUUUAAGGAGAACCCUGUUUUAGCGUCAAUUCAGAAUAACUGCGACGUUAACUGAUUCCCCUCUUAGUGACAAAGACAUCAGCUUAAAAACAUCACACCUUCCCCGACCUAAUAUGACAUCAUUGUUGUAACUGUCUUCAUAACUACGAGUUAGUGUUGCUUCAUUUCUUUAACUACUUUUAAUUUUCUGUGAGACACUAAUACGUAAUUUUUUCAGAGUUCAAUAUUUAUGUUUUAAAAUUCCCAUUGCUUUAUUACAUGUAUUUGAAUCCAAAGUGCUUUCACUGGCACUACACUUGAUCUUAAGGUCACUGAUUCUUUUUGUCAUUUCCAGCAAAUGAUUAGUUUUAGUUAUAAGAUUUGCUUUCUUUUUUUAUAGUUUUCUGCCCUUUCUCCUUUCACUUUGUUUCCUUUUUACUCCUGUCUUCUCAAACAACCACACAGAAAACUUAAAUAAAAUCUGUGAUGCCAAAAUUUGCCUACAAGUUCGCAGUCAUGCAUGAACAUACAAACCUUUCUGGAGUGAAAAUGUAAAUUUGUACACAAAAUUAAAGACUCCUUAAUAAGACAACCAAAUGACAAGGAAUCUUAUUUUUAAUCUGAGCUUUGAGUCUAACUGUAAAGUGAUCAAUAAAUGCCUAGAAAAUUUUAGAAUUUCAUAGCAUGAAGCUUCGCACCUAACUGGAAUAUACAGUACCUUGAUCACCUUACUAAAUCGUUAUGUGAGGAAAAAAAUAGAAAUGUACCAUUGAUCAUUUUAAGCAUUGCACUGUACUGUAAAGUGAUCAAUCAAUGCCUAACAGAAAGGAUUCCUCAACAUCAAGCUUCGCACCUAACUGGCAUAUACCUUGAUCACUUACAUGUACAUGUAGCAGCCAAACAUUCUAUUCAAAAUUUGUGGAAAAAUGAAGAAACUUGAAAUAUUAUCGGAACUGAUUUGCAGUUGAGGUCAAAAGAUGCAGCUAACAAAACAAAAUUGUCUUUCUUCAACUAUGUCCGUGGAAACUCGUGAAGUUGCUGAUUUAUUUAUUACUUAAUUACAAACUGUUAUCUGCAAAACUGGUUUGAUGUUAAACUAGUCUGAAGUUGUUGUAAUUCACUCUAUCAGUUUUAAUGUAGCAGUUGUAACAUCAACACUGUAUACUGCCUACAAGUUCCCAGUCACGCAUAAACAUACAAAACUUUCUAGAGGAAACAUGUAAAUUUGCACACAAAUGACCCCCACAUGCAUCUGUAUAUCUUGACAAGAAAACCAAAUGACGAUGAACCUUAUUUUUAUUCAAAGCUUCAUGUCUACUGUAUAAAAGUGAUCAAUCAAUGCCUAGAAUUAGGAUUCCUCAGCAUCAAAGCUUCGCACCUAACUGGAAUAUACCUUGAUCACCUUACCAAAUCGUUAUUUGAGGAAAAAAAAAUAGAAAUGUACCAUUGAUCAUUUUUCAUAACCAUUACACCGUACUAUAAAGUGAUCAAUCAAUGCCUAACAGAAAGGAUUCCUCAGCAUAAAGCUUCGCACCUAACUGGAAUAUACCUUGAUCACUUACUAUGUACAUGUAAAUGUAGCAGCCAAACAUUCUAUUAAAAAUUUGUGGAAAAAUAAAGAAACUUGAAACAUAUUAUUGGAACUGAUUUGAAGGCUAGUUGAGGUCAAAAGAUGCAGAUGAGUGAACAAAAUUGACUUUCUUCAACUAUGUCCAUGGCAUGGAAACUGACGAAAUUUGCUGAUCUAUUUAUCACUUAAGUACAAACUGUUAUCUGCAAAACUUGUUUGAUUCCUAAAUAGUCUGGAAUUGUUGUGUAUUAAAAUUCAUUCUAUCAGUUUUAUAUAAUGUAGCACUGCACAUGACAAACCUUUCAAACGGCGAUGUCAUCCUUCGAUCCUUUACGAAACAAAUGAGACAAAACAUGGCAAUUAUCUUGAUAAGAAUCUUCUAUCCACGAUCGAUCGAUCUCUCGCUUGGAGUAAAAUCGCCGAGUUUAGCGAAAAUCAAACUGAAAUUCGCUUAAAAUAUUGAGCGUCCGUUGACCUGACCGUUGAAUUGAAUGGAAGCCCGCCUAAACAUUUCAAACAUGCGCGCGCAGUUUGGUAGUGUGCAAGGAUUUAUGGGAGUGACGUGUAUAUUUUCGUAUCCAAACCCCGCGCUAUCAUUAAGUCUUGGCGGGAAAGCAAAAUUAAUUACAAUAACCUAUAAAAUGUUCUUACCUGGUUUUCCUCGGCCUCCGCCUUUAAUAUCCUCUUAAAUUUUAAUCCUUCCUUAAAAUGGGGAAAGUAAAAACGGCAUUCUUUGUCGUCCCCAUACACUGUAACCAUAUCAUGAUUAUCUCCAUGACGGGCUCCUGUCUCCGUCUAGAAAAUCAUCUAUAUUAAAAUGGACAGAUUCAGAACAACGAUCUUCGGUCCAAUAUGCGCCAUUUAAAAAAUCGUUGUGACUUAAGACGACUUACCUGUGGGCUCUUCCUACCUUGCUUGUGUAAACUUGUUUGCCUCUAACCAUGUCUUAACUUGCUCUUUCGAACUACAAACCCUUUAUCGAAGCUCUCGAUGAUAAAGAUAAAGCGGCCCGUACUCAGUGAUUAGGAACUAAUGCUUCCGACUAGACACUGAUAAGAUUAACAUAUAUUCUUCAAAUCGGUGUUGGUUCUAAUGGUCGAGCCAUUUUGCGUUGUCAUGGGGUCUAAACAGCUCUAUUAGUAUAGGCCAGUCAGCCCUAAAUAGAGGCCAACUAGACUAAAACCUGAAAUGUCUCUAUUUUUUGAGUAGAAAUGGCUCUUGUGAAAGGGGCCGAUACGCAUCACAUGGCUGAAACAAUUUCUCCUGUGGGCCAAAACGGUUUUCGAUGGGGCUGCAAUGGUCUUUAUUGGGGUCGAUUUAGACCAAAUUGACAAAAUGGCUCCACGAAGGGUCAAAUCAGCUCCAGGGCCUAUAGAGCUGAAUCAGCACUUUGGGGCUAAAACAGAUCUUUUGGAUUUAGAGUGUAUGUAAGCAGGGGUCUUCCUGCAUUCAGCUUAUGGCUGGUAAUUUGAUAAAAUUGGUAAUGGCACAUUGUGGUUGUGGCAGUAGACACAACUGGGGUUGGGUGUCCCGUGGUUGUUUCAUCUGCUGAAUUUGGCACAUUGCUCUUUGUGUUUGUGUAUUUAUCAAAAAAGACAAAAUCAACCUAUGAAAAGAUCUAGAUCAAUUAGACUGAAUUGUACGCGCUGAAAACAGCGUGGCCAGGCGCCCAUCGCGUUGUUUUCGCAAUCCGCCGGUCCCGGGUUGGAGUCCGCCCACUCUAGCCACUUGCUGAAUGUAUUCGCGGUAUUUCCAAGUUCAGAUACCCGGUCAUGCUUGUAAAUAGCCAACUGGUUGCCUCCUGCCAGUUGGGGUUUUUAAUCCUGUUGUGUUCUAUUUCCUCAAUAAAUAAACAGUUGAACUUUCACAUGGCUGGAAUGAUCACAUUGAAAUUAACUUCUCCGCCCUAGUAGAAUACAAUAGUGUCCGGAAAUAGUUUUUCUUGUGUUGAAUAUAUUGACAUCUCUUUCGAUCCUUCACUUCUUCAAAACUUGCUUUUCUUGUUUAAACAGGUUCAGCAAGCCAAUGUUGAUGACGAAGAGAUUGCUCGUGCCAUCAACUCCAAGCUCGGAGAGACUCCAGGGAUAUCUUACUCAGAAAUAGCUUCAAAGGCAGUGGACUGUGGACGAACUCACCUGGCGAUCAAGGUUAGUUGAGAGCAUUCAAAUGUGAACAGUUUUAUUAUAGAUUACGUUCCGAGCAUAAUUUGGGGCAUAAAGAGGUGUCCUACGUUAGUAUUUCCUUGCUAAAUACACUGAGGCUUAAAAUGACGUGGGUUGGUAUAGAAUGGGAUUGUUUUACCUGCGAGAUUGCUUUUACUGUAGGUAAUCAAGAAUUUUUUUUAGCAUCCGGAGUAUGAGGACCGCGCUUUGUAAUUAGUUCGGCGGUCCGCUGUAUUAUCAGCAACACCACUAUGGUGAAAUAUUACUCAAUUGUUAAAGGACUUAUGUCGAGAAACAAAACGUACGGCUGCAAAGAAGACCAAUGGGGGAAUGGAAUAUGGAGAGAAUAAGAAGCCUCGUAGUCUUGUUGGAAUUUUAAUAUAUCGAACGUGGGCCGUUGAUCAAUAUUUAACAAUUAAUGAACGAGGCUGAGUAUCUUAUAAAGAAUUAUGGAAAUCGAGGAGGGUGUUAUCCACGGCCUCGACGGAUAACACCCUCCGAGAUCUCCAUAAUUCUUCAUAUGAUACGAAAGCCGAAUUCAAUAAUUGUUUUCUUAUUCAUUCAAAAUAAUUCCUAGUUUGAAAACAUGGCUAAAACAUGCUUACCUUCAUCGAUCCAUCGAUGUUAAGUUCAUCUUCGAUAGUGCACGUUUAGGUUUGUCCAGCUCCGCAAAUAUUCUCCAAAUAGCAGAUGUCGCCCUUCGAGUUGUCCUCUUGCUGUUCUUGCCAUGUUUUUAGAGCUUCUCGGUUAACGGUGCCUUAACCUGCUCGAACGCUGCGUUUUUGACGUCAUUUCCUCGUUAAACACAAAAUUCUUCCAAAUUUGGUUAUCAGCAACUGGUUAUGGUGAAUUAAACGUGUGCUUUUAGCCAAUCAGAAUCGGGGAAAUAUUUUGAAUGAAAAAUAAAACUUUUUAACUUUCACCAUUGUUCCCUCAAGGGGUUACCAACAUGCUCGUCUCAUAGGACGUCAACAAAACCUGGAACGGACCGGGUCAGAUCAACCCCUGUAACGCACUGAAUAACGAAAGGUAAGGGAUAGUGCCUCUGGGAAUGAUCUGAUCCGGUUCUGCGUUCCAGGUUUUGCCUACGGCCUUUCUCGUUGCUUCGCCGCUUGUGCCUCCACGAGGAGACCUGCUUACAGCCUGGCUUAAAGCCAGCCUUGACCUCUAGCUGGAGCAAUCUCACCAUAGUAAGUUCGUCGUUUGACAAUCGGUAAAAGAGCCUAUCAUAGCCAUGCCAUGAUAGCCUGUUCACAGACCCUCUAUUUUCUCUUCAAAGUUCGUCAAGCGUGGGUGAUAAAAAAUAAACCGCAGGAGAUUAUAUUUCAAUAGAACGAAAAGAAAAUAAAACAACGUCCGUGUACAGGCUAUGCCAUGAUGCAUAAUGUAUCUUUCAAGAUACUCACAUCUUCGUGGUCUGAUUUUUUACCUGUAGCUGUUGGACUAUGAGGCAAAAGCCGCUGACCAAGUUCCAUUGCUCAUGCGCAUGAAUAAAGAUGACCUAGCGCUCGAGAAGGCCAUUAUGAGUGGAGACACGGAUCUGGGUGAGUUAUAAGUGGGUACCACUGCGGAGAACUACAGCUAACUUUAAGUAUAGUGGAUGGGAACAAUUUUUGAAGCCCGUUUUUGUUUCGUCGUAGCCGCAAGAGCCGACUUAUAGAAAGAUCUAUCGUAAUGUUGAAAUUGUACCAAAGGUUUCAAAAAUUUAGAAUAAACUUAUUCUCAGCUUAAAAGUUGGCGUUACAAGCUGAGACAGAGGUUCAAACCUUAAAACAUUUUUGAGAUCGUUUUGUUGCUCAUUAUUUGGAUCUUUCCUCCCCGUUGACACAAUUUCAAGUAUAUUUUUUUCAACCAUCUUGAUCCUUACGCGCUCUCCUCCAAUGAUAACAGCUUUCUCUGGUCAGGUGAUCAAAAUUGAUGGAUCCAAACUGCCGUUUUCCAAAACCCGCCAAAUUGUUUUUCCCCUGUAUCUAGAUGACAUUUCAUUUGUGUUGUCUUUUUUUCUUUCUAGUGUAUAUGGUUGUUAUGCAUUUGAAGGAUAAUCUAACUCUUGGUGAGUUCUUGAUGGCCAUACGUUACCAUCCUGUGGCACUCAGCCUCUACAUCAAGGUUAGUCUAUGAAAAAAAGUUGUGUAAAUGAGAACGUAUUUGUUCAAGGCUUCAACCAAGAGAAAAUCCGCCAUUAUUUGCCAGGAGACAUUUUUUCCUCUAUCACUUCAUUUUUUUAAGGUCAUGAAAAUGACGUUACAAUGUUGAAAACUUAAGUGGAGGAGUAAGAGGUUUUACGGUAAAGUUUGGAGCAUUUCUAAUCUCAUUUCUUUGAAAUGUCGGAGUGGCGGCAGCGAAAAAUGGCUACGUUUCUAUCAAUUUUUUACAAUGUCCCGGAGAAUCGCACUCAAGAAACAGAGAAGAGAAGAACCUUCAGUUCUGUUUCUCUUCUCUGUACUGUCAUAAGCAAAAGUUCUCGACCAAUCGGGGCACGUAAAUCACUCGUUUAUCGUAAAUCAUUAGACUGUGUGGCAGGCGUCUUAAGAGGUAUUAGAAAAAGUGGAAAAGGGAGGGGUAAAGGGAAGAGAAAAAAGGACACCUUUUUUCAUUUCUGCUUCCUUUCCCUUCACUCCCCUCCCCCUCUUCUCUCGUUUUUGCACCUGUUACGCAAACUACCACGCAGGCUAUUGUGAAACCUAUAUAUUCACUUUCGCAUGACUGUGAUUUGUCUGCAGUACUGCAAGGAUCAGGAUCGCCGUACACUUGUGGACCUGUUCUACCAGGAUGACCAGUUUAUGAACAGUGGUAAUGCCUUUGUGCAGGACAGCUACAGCGAGAAGGUAUCAUAAGCUAAUAGCUUGAAUGCUAUCAUGCUUAGGAGGGGAUCUGGUCGAAUGUUGUUUUAUUAUUUUAUUUCUUUAAUAUUUAAUUUCAAUUCUGAGCAAAGGGGUGCGUACGCUUCACUCAGUUUCUUCAUGGCGUCAUAGAUUAUUUUUGUUUUCGUGACUUAAGGUGACUACAAAGCUCCCCUCAACCUCAUUGCCAGGACGUUUUCCGGUUAGAAAAUGGGAUAAACCCCUGUGAACGAAUGGUCGGCAGCAAUCUUGUUUAUUUUGAGCGUCAAGAAGAGCCAAGAAUACGUGUAGCAACUCUUAUUUGUAAUUUAACUCGCCAAUUCUCGUGUUUAAACUCGAAACCUUUAGCAAAAUUCUUUCUAAUCAUAACCAGUGAUAUCUACUACACAUGCGCUAAUUGUUCUUCGUUGUAAAUAGUGGCCCUCAAUACAUGCAGCGACCACGUGACCAAAGGAGACAUAAGACAACAAGUUAUCUGUUAUUUUUCACAGGGAUCGUACAGCGAACAAAGCGCGCGCGCCUGAAAAUCGCAGCUCUACAGGAAAGGCCGUCACGCGAAGGGUUAAUUGUUUAGUUGCGUAACGCCUUCCGGUCUCUCUCCCAAUCUGCUCCGCAGAGCUUUUACUAACCUUGUCUGGCGGAGCGGUUACUUUUAGUGCUAAACCAAAAGGAUCACAUCCUUGGAAAAGAGAUUGGCGCUCACAUUUUUAUUCCUUGAGAAAUAGGAGGUAAUUCUUUAUCUAUGAAGAGUUGCCGGCCAUAGAACAGAAUCAUCCUUUUGAUAUCUCUUGUCAGUACACUUGACAUAAAAUAUGAUUUUCUUCUAUGUUAUUAUUUAGACAAUAGAAUCCAAGAUGAACACAUUGUCCAAAGCACAGAUGUCUUACCAGCAAGGAGGAUUUCAGUUCUACUCAAAGGUGUGUGCUCUCCAAACUCCUUCAACGCUAGAGCCACUCAUUCCUUACUAUGUGGAGAAACAGAAGACCGACGUUAUGUCUUGUUUAGUAAUCUAGGAUACGGGAUAAACUUGCGAUAUUCGAACCAAAAGCACCCUGAAACUCUCCACUCCUCUAGCUGUGAUUGAUUAACAAAUACCUUGACUGUGCUUUGAAGUGAUAUAAAUCACGCAGGAGAAGCGCCGGCUGGGGUACGAAAGGCCGAGUGUAGGGGGAAGCACAAGACUUUGUCGAGAGUGUUUAUCCCUAGUUCUUAACUGCUUUGUAACAUAACAAAGCACAGUAAAGGUUUCUUUAUUUGUUUUAUGAUAAAGAAUCCGUUAAAUUCGCCACGCAUUACUUUCUAAUUUUCCAAACAAACUAUUGGCAAAUGGUGUUUUAUACCCUGAUAAACACGCUUUGCCAUGCAAUCAGAGUGCGCGUUAAAAGAGUCUUUUCACAUGACGUCAUGGCGGCCAUAUUGGUGUCCCAAACCAGUCCUCUGCGAGUUGAACUCUUUUCUUUAUAUGCAAACGCUAUCUUUUGUUCCAACAAAUUUGCGUAGAUUCUGGUCACGUGAGUGAAAACACUCUAUACUGAUCUGAGCUAUACUAGUAAUAGUUGACACUACAGCUGCCCCCGCUCUGUAUAUUGUUGGUCAGUAGCAUUCUUGCUCGUUGUGUAGCUCCUUGAAAUAUACCUAUUCAGAAGGAAGAUUUUCACACAUAUUCCAUGCAAUAGGUGAGAUAAAUACAGGAAACGCAAGGUUCCAUGCACAGUUUCAGGUCGAUUUACACAGCUUUGAUCAAAACAUUCUCAGUUUCGAGAAUACUUUAUUCUAAACCAUAAGAAAACAUUUAAUUAGAAGUUGAAUUUUGCGCCAUUUCUCUUUCACUUUUUACAUUCAGUUCAUUUUAUUUGCCGGAAAGGAAGCCUUAGAAAUUAAAAGGACCUUUGAUCAAUUCACACUCGCGCAUUCUAGUCUUAUUUUAAACUUUAUAGCAGAAGGACAUCUGUGAGCAUGGAAUAAGACAGCACAGAAUUUGAUUGUCGGCGAAUUUCUGUAAUCGUCCAUCGUUCUGCUAGUGAGAAGCUAGCCGUUGUUCACUCGUCUUGCUUGUUUGGGGCUGAGUCUUAUUCCGGUCAAAGAGAGAGAAAAAGAGUGUCUGGCAAGGUUUUCAGUGAAAAAUUUGUGAACUCGUGUCUGGCAAACUCUCCAAGUGUUUAUAUAUACACAGCUAUACACACCUUAUAAAUUCAUCUGCGUUUAACUUUCACUGAAACAACUGCUCCACAGAAUGUUACUGAUAACACUAACGCAAAAGAGUGUCGAAGUAUGACUGCACAAUAAAUGUCACAAAAUCUACCUAAGCGGUCCCUUGCGGGAUGUUCUGUCUUUCCGUUAUCCUAACUAUUUCGUACUUGCGGGCGCAAACAAUAGAAACGUCAUCAUUACCUACCGAUUCCUCGCGGCCCCUGUUCAAGCAAAUCGAGUUUUUUUCUAUAUUGACUGUAUGACUGUAUAUUUCAACUGUAAGUACUUUCCUUAAUAUACGCGCGAGUUACUAGAGUGCCUCCUCGGGAUUUCGCCUUCUGGGCGAAAUCCCUGCGGGGGCAAUUAUAAAUACCGUAUUAACACAACAUUUCUUGUCAGUGAUGCAUUGCAUGCACGCGCGAUUCAAUUUUCCAGGCAACAGAAGAACAAAUGAAACUCAUGGAAUAUCAAGUCAAACUAGAAGAGAAGUACAGAAAGACAUUUAUGGAUCUGUCCUUGAGUGAUACUAUCUACCAGGUGCGAUCAGUAACAUACUCAACUGUGUUAGCCUUUAUUGUGGAUUUAGGCUGGUUAACUGACCACCUACCCCUCCCCUAAGUCAACAUUAACCCCUACUUCUUAUUUGGGGACAAAUUGUAACUUAAGGGAGGAGUAGGUAGUCAUUUACUCAAAAAUCACAGUUGAUCCAAAAAUCGUCUGAACCGUAGCUUUUGUUUGAAUGAUCAAAAUUAAGAUGUCAUCAAUAUGCUUAAUAAACAGUACCGCUGGAAAUCUCUGCCAAGUACAAGCUUUCAUUGGAAUGGCCAUACCAAAAGAUUGCAUCUACAGAAUCAAAUCUUAGAACUUGGAAUUAACAGUAUAUGCAGGGAAUCCUUGUUCAGUAGCUUUCGUUCGAAUUGUUGUUCUUAAAGAUUUUAUCCAGACUUGAAGUAGUUAAAAUUACAUUGCAAAGCACAGUAAACCUUUGUGGAAAGUACUAUUAAGUAGCUUUCUUCAAUGUCAAUUAAUUCCCAUACACUAUCAUACUGUCCUGGGGUUCGUUUCUAAGGAUUACUUUAUACUUUUCAGUGCAUACUUCAAGGAGAGCUAAAAGUCGCUGAGCAACUGAAAAAGGAAUUCAAGGUUCCGGACAAAAGGUUUGUAACAUCUUUUUUUUUUUUUAAUCAGAGAUCGCGUAAACAACGAGACCUUUGACAUCCAAGGACCCUUUUUUGAAACAGCCUCUAGGUGCACCACGUUAAGCUAAGGCUUGCUUGUUCACACCGCUGAUUUGUAGCCUGUGCAUUUGAAGGGGAAGAGAAAUGUGGGAAUUAGGGCGCGUGAGGGAGGAGGAAAGAAAGGGUUUCCGUCCUUUCAUAUCCUCACGCGUCCAUUGCGUUCUCGUUCGCGUUCUCAGCCCGUUAUUGAAAUAGCCUUUAGUUACACCAUGUAGUGUUAAGUUUUGUUUAUUCACCCCCCCUGAUUUGUAGCCUGUGUCAAGCAUUUGAAAGGGAGUAAAGGGGGAGGGGAUAAGGGCGCGUCAGUAUGUUAAGGGAGCGCGAGGAGGAAGGGAAGAAAGGGUUCUCGUCCUUUCUUGCUCACACGUACAUCGCGUUCUCUUUCUCACACGGCCCGUUUUCGAAAUAGCCUAUAGUUGCACCACGUAGAGCUAAAGUUUGCUGGUUGACACCCCUGAAUUGUAGCCUGUGUAGCAGGCGUUUCAACGAGUAGUGAAAAGGGGAGUGGGGGUGGUUAAGAACGCGCGAGGAAGAACGGCAGACAGGGAUUCCUUCCCUUCGUCCUCGCGCGGCCAUCGCGUUGACGCGCACCUCAGUCAUUCCUUCUUUUCCUACCCCUUCAAACUCCUGCCUCAUAGUUCAGCUCAUUUGCUGCAAGUCAUGCAUUGUGUUGUCUUCAGGUUUUAUUGGCUGAAAGUAAGAUCCUUGGCUGAAAGUCACAACUGGCUGGAACUCGACAAGCUUUCCAAAGCUCGUAAAUCUCUGAUUGGAUACGAGGUAACUUCAUUGACAAGGUUUUCCGUAACCUGACAUCAGGCGUUAGAUUCUUUUGGGAAGAAGGACCGCCGGAUCGCAAGUUAGGUUUUCCCGAAACCGGAAACGGCUUUGUGCCAGAGUCCAACCUUUCUACAACGGCUCCCUUUAGAGAAAAGUGCCUUUUCUAGAGGAGUUGCCAUUGUGGGGAAUAAGGGGGCAUUUCGGAACACUCCGGAAUACCCCCCGGAACAUCCCCUGGAACCUGGCAAUAGGUAAAAUGAAAAACACAAAAAGAAACCCUAACCCCACUGUAUAAGAUAUUAAAUGUUCAAGAGUAAAUGUACGGACUGUCUGCCGGAGUAAAAAUGAUGGUCGUCUUGGAAAGACGUCGGUAUUUAUCAAAAAGCAUUUAUUUCUUUUUUAUUAUUAAAGACUACGUUCAUGAGUUUCCAUAACUCUGUGAAACAUUGUGAAUAAACAUUCCAGUGUGAAGACGUUGUAAAUUUUAUGUACAUUGCUUUCUUACAGCCAUUUUUUGAAGCAUGCCUGGAAUUCAACAACAGAAUAGAAGCGGAGAAAUAUGUCUCCAGAGUUCUUCCCGAAAACAAGGUGGCGUGUUAUGUGAAACUCGGGUGAGUUUAUCAGUUCAUUGAAGUUCUUACUGUGGUCAAAGUGCUGGCUAGACAAACUUACCUUGAGGUGUGGUCACUUGUGUUGCGACUAUGCCGAUCAUCCUUUCCCCCCAGAACCAAGAAGCGCGCACUGACCACAAAUUUCUGUUUAUAACCCUGGGUGAUACAAAUUCGUAAGGGAUUGGGAACAAUAACUCGAGUUCUGCACUGCUAAUUGAUGCUACCCUGAGAAAAUAGCUGACAAUUUGUGACACCAUGACUGGUUUCCUCACGGACUGGUCUGAAGAAUUUUCGCAGAUAUUCCAUACUGAUGUGACGUGUAGCUUUCUAUCAGUAAAAACAAAAUUGACUGGUUUGUUGCCUAGGACUCGUCAUUUAAUUCCUUUGAUUUUGAUUUAAAUAUUUGAUUUCGGACCCGAAAAGGGACAGGGACUUUCGAGAAACGAGCUAAUCAUAUUGCACCUAUUUAUAAGCGACAUUUUAAUUUUUGUGCCAGGAAAUACGAAGAUGCGGCGGAAACAGCUUUUGCUCAGAAAAGCGAGGAUGGCCUGGAUCUAGUCCUUGGAAAAUGUGCAACUUCAAAUCGUCCGUUGGUGAACCGCAUUCAAGAAAUGAAGGCUCAACUGCGGCAAAGACGAUAA